AUGAAUGAAGUCAUUCAAGCCAUCUUUAUACAUGAAACACAAAUUCGUAAUUCUCCAAAACCGCACAUAGUUUACAAAAUAGAAGUUCAUGCAGCAGUUCGUAACUGGGUUGUAUGGAAACGGUAUUCUGAGUUUUACAAAUUAGAUUCCCAACUUCACACCAUGUUCCCUAAACAACCUCCACCGUACAAAUUACCAGCUAAGCAUUAUUUCCCUUCCACGUUUACAAGCCCUGAUAGAGUUGAGGAACGGCGAAGGGGACUUGAAGAUUAUUUAAGAGCCAUUUUGAGCAAUCGAGACGAUCGUUGGCGUUUAACGAAUGUCUGGAAAGAAUUUUUAGCUAUACCUUCAGGUAGAGCCUUAGACACAGCGUAUUAUACCUCUGAGAGUUGGUUAGAUGAUUAUAAUUCAAUGCAAAACACAGCUCGUGAAAUCCGUGCGCUCAUCAACAAAAAGACGACCCACAUGGCUCGUAAUGAGAUCUCUGCCUCACAUAAUUGUACAAUGCAAGCCAAAAAAUUAUUAGUGACGCUUUCAAGUCGGCUUACUAACUUGGAAGGCGGGUUGGUAGGAUUAGGCCAUCAUGGGUCAGCUAGUUUAGAAGGUGGUAUGUCCGAGGGAGAGUUACGAAGAAGACAGGAUAUGUUGACUACAUUAAAGGACGAACGAGAUGCCUUGAUGAAAUUAGCAACGACCGGAAGGCAACCAGACCAAGAUUUACUUUACAAACAAAAGCCAACAAAUGGAUUUCCAUCUAUACAACAACAAAAACAAGAAUUAUUAAAGAGGUCAAGCACAGGAAGAAGAGCAUUUGGAACAGCAGCGCUUGAACGACAAAAGGCCCAGGAGACAGAGAUGACACGAGGCUUAGAUAAUGACGGAUUAUUAACAUAUCAAAAUCAAAUCAUGAGUGAUCAGGAUCAACAGAUACAGCAAUUUGGAGCUAUUCUGGCUAGACAAAAGCAGCUGGGUAUUGCUAUAGGACAUGAACUUGAAACUCAAAAUCAAAUAUUGGAUGAAUUAGAUAGUGAUGUGGAUAGAACUCAAACAAAACUCAAGUUUGCUAAUAAAAAGCUUCAGAAAAUUAAAUAAUAAAGUCAUUAUGUUGAAUUAUGGAUACAAUUUAUUUAUUUAUAUAUAAAU